AUUUUGCCAUGUUAUUACGUCGGCGUGUAGAACUUUAUAGUUUUACUGUAAUUGAUAAUAUAUCAAUAUUAUAAUUUUUAUGAAUUGGUUAUUUAAAAGUCAAGUUUUCUCAUGAAAUGAACUUAAAAUGAACACCCAAAAUAAACAGACUGCUCUAUCUGCAGACUUAAAUAGCUUUAUUUAUGGGGUAUCGAGAAGGAAUUUCCAAAAUGCACCUGAAUUAACUAAAAUCGGAAUUUCGUUGUUAAGAAACUUCCCAGCCGCUAGAGAUGCAGUAUUGGAAUACUUUGCCAUGGUAUUCCACGAUGCUGUUAAUGUAUCAAUCAAUCAGACAGAUUAUGAGUCUGAUCUAUCGGCAAAUGGUUCACUAGAGAGUGUUAGCAUGAUUGGGCCAGAGCUAUGCAGCCUCGGUGAAUCCUGGGCACCUUUUAUUGCACCAUGGUGCAUUACCUUGAUAAUGGACAUUGCUACUGAAAAAUCUAAUUUACCGAAUGCUACUUUACAAAAUACAGAACCUGUGAGGGUUUUGUUAGAUAUUACUACUCAAAAUUUGACGCUCCUUAAUGCCGAAGAAAGAGCCAAGUGCAUUGAUAUGAUGCUCGAUUGCAGAGCCUGCUCGUGGGCUGUGGGAUGGGUCGGUCGCGCUGAGCCCGCCCUAGUUGCGCCACGAGCUCUCGCUCUCGGUGCAGACGCGGCGCGAGCUGUGCUGGCUCACCUCGCUAACCAUCCACCCGCUCUGUACCACGUGCGAGCCGCCCUUGUUGAUUUGUUUCAAGAAGCAAUUAAGGAGGACAGUAAAGCAGACAAGAAACGAGAUGUAAUUCCUUAUCUUUUAAAUCUUGCUUCCAAAUCUGAUAUUGUUUUGAAAGCGCUCACUCAAGAUAUUGCAGUAACUUUGACGGAUGAAGUGGUGGACAGGUUGUGUGUAGUGUGCGCAACGCACAGGCACAGCGGUGCGUGGGAGGGCGUGGGACCGGCGUCUCUCGUAGCGUUAUUACUCCGAUCGGAUGUGCACUGCUUCCUGUUACUACUCAAACAUGCACAGAGGAAUAUAUUCUGCAGACAGUUGUUAGAAUAUCUUCUACAAAAGCUCGAAUACGAGAGUUUGUUUCCGGAUUCGACUCUACCGCUUGUAAUGAGUGCUGCCGAAGAAAUAAAUAUUGUAAGAGAGAAACUAUUGACCGGAAACAAGUUGGAGCAGUAUUCGAUCGCCAGGAUACUUAUUUUAGUCUGUUAUAAUCUGCCGUCGGAGUUCGUGAGCACGAUCAGCUACCUGCUGCAGUGCUCGCGCAGCGACACGACGCUGGCGCUGCUCGUGCGCAUCGUGUCGGGCGUGCUGGCCGUGCACACGCCGGCCGACGGCGACGCGCACGUGGACGUCGACCGCUACCAGAACCUCAUCAACACGGCCGUCGAGUACGCGCUCCGCGACGCCAUGAUCUCCGACACGCAGGUCAAGAAGUGCUUCGUGGAGGGGAGCGUGUCCAAGGACGAGAAGACUUACUUGCAUCAUUUUUGCCUGAAUAUCGUCAAGUUAUUGAGAUGGGAGCGGCGCAGCGCGCGGUGCGCGUGGGCGGCGCGCGCGGUGUGGGCGCGCGUGGGGCGCGUGGGCGCGGCGCUGCGGGCGCGCGCGGCGCUGCUGCGCGCCCGCCCGCCCGCCACCGCCGCCGCGCUCGCCGACAUGCCCACCUGCCACGCGCUCGCACAGGUACUCGACAAUGUUGACUUGACUGGAACGAAAUCAGCGCCACCUAGUGUUGAAGUGAUCUUGAAAGUAGUUCAAGCUACAGUCCAAUAUUUCUUCAGAUGUUUACAUGAAACAGAUAUAAUGGCUAAGAUACGGGGAGUACAAACGGCUAGCCGUCUAUUCCGUAAGCUGUGCUUACACAGUAAGCUGGCUAGAGCCGUAGCGUUGAGGGAUCUAUUAGAAACGGCCAUGUUCAGAGAAGACAAGGUGUUCGGCAGUCGCACCGACGUCACCAACGCUAUACAUUCUGCUAGAGAGUGGAACGGCGAAGAGCUGCUCAUUUAUAUGAAUCAAAAACACGGUCCCAUAACGCAGCUGACGCAGAGCCACACGUCCGUGUUCCACGCCGGCAUCAUCGGCAAGGGCGUUCGCCGGCGAGCGGACGACGGGAGCGGAUCGCCGCCCGUGCUCGCGCAGAACAACGAGCUGCUCAUGGGCGCGCUCAUGUCCUGCAUGGAUGGCAACAGCGGCAUCGUUGAGGGCUCGACAUCGAUAGCUUUACUUUUAGUGGAACUGGUCUCGCCCGACGUCAUGUACAAUGGACUCCCUUGGCCAGACGAAGAUUUUACGAAGCAAGUGAGCAUCGAGCGCGAGCUGUACAUGCGCGCGGCGCUGGAGCGCUGCGGCGUGUCGCGCGCGGCGCUGCGGCGCUCGGCGCGCGCGCGGCCCGCGCUGUGCCUCGCCUCGGCGCUGCUGCGCGCCACCGCCGCCUCGCUGCUGCACCGCGCGCACCGUCACACACAAUCAGCGGAAAUGGCUCGAGAGUUAGCUGCACUAACGGAGUUACUAUCGGUAAUGACGCUGGGACAGCUCUUGCCGCAUCCCUUAAGUCAUAUUUUGGAAUUGGCUCCAGAAUUGACACCAAGUGAGAUUGUUCAGGUUCUAAGAGAUUGUAUCUGGAAUUACACGCGUGAUCAUGUGCCUUCACCUGCGCUAUUCAGCUGCGAUUCUACAGGUCUUCAUUGGCGCGAUCCGUCUACUUGCAAGCCACCGCCAACUUACACAGAUACUUUAAGAAUGAUUAUACAGAAAAGAAUAUCAAAGUUGGGUCACAUGUACCCCAUCAUGUUUUUAAAUCUUGAAAAAGAUAGUUGAAUUUAUCAUUUGUAACACUUUUGUAAAUAUUAUCAAAUUGAUAAAACAAUAAAGUGCCUAAUAAUUUUA